AUGUUGAGCACGAAUUAUCAAGUUUAUUAUAUGCAGGACUGUAUAGAGAAUUUCAAUGCAAAUGGGCAAGAAGAGGAGGACGGAUUUUUUUUCUGUGUUUUUUGUGUAGAGACAGCUUUAGGCCUACUUCUGUCGGUUGGUAUGGCAAUGGCAAGAUGCCUGGAAGAUAGAGAACCGAAACGGGCCAAAUGCAAAGUGGAAAAUGAAACAAAUUCUGCUGCUCAUUCCCGGGAACAUGUUUGCUCGCUCCAGUACAGGACGCCGCUACCGCAUAAUGCGGGUAGAAAUUCGGCUUCGAAAGAAAUGUAG